AUGGCUGUUUCAACUAUAUCUCUUUACGCGAGUCCACCGAGUAGUGUAUGUUCCGCCCCGCAUCAGAUUAGUCCUCACGCUUCCUAUGAUUUCGAUUUUGGAUCUAGAUCUUCGUCUCCGGCAUCGACGGCGUCGACAUCGGCGAAGCCUAUGAUCGGUGGUUUGUCGUGUUUGUUUUCGUCUUCGGCGGCGGUGAAGCAUGUUCCGUUGGCUUCGAGUUUUUCCGGUGGAGAUGAAGAUGAAUUGAAGGAGCUUGGUAGUUCGUUUUCGUAUUCGCCGAGUAAGUUUGGUGGAUCUUGGAAGAGGGAUUAUCAGAAUCAGAUUCAGAGUCCGGUUUCUGUUUUUCAGUGUCCGGUUUCGUGUGGUAGUAGUAUGGGGACAGUUCGUUCGUCGAGGAGUAGUGCUGGUGGGUUCUUUGAAGGGUUUGUGAGGAGUGCUUUGGGUUCUUCUUGUUUGGAUUAUGAUACUACUGGUGUUAGGCUUCGCGGCGGUGGUGGUGGUGAGUUUGAUGGAGGUUCUUCUUCUGGACUUGUUGAUGAGUUGACUUUCAAUUUAGAGGAUACUUUUGUAGAGGGUUGCUUUGGAUUUGAGUUUGAGCCUUAUGCUAAGAAGUUGUUGAUGAGUGCUCAGUUGAGGCACAAGAUCUUUUGUGAAGAGUUUGUUAUAAAGGCGUUUUGUGAAGCUGAGAAAGCACAUAGAGGACAGAUGCGAGCUAGUGGCGAUCCGUAUUUGCAGCAUUGUUUGGAAACUGCUGUGUUGCUGGCUUUGAUUGGUGCGAAUUCAACUGUAGUUGCUGCAGGGCUUUUGCAUGAUACACUUGAUGAUGCUUUUCUCACUUAUGAUUAUAUAUUUGGGAUGUUUGGAGCUGAAGUUGCUGAUUUAGUUAAAGAGGUUUCUAAACUGAGUCACUUGAGUAAGCUGGCUCGUGACAACAACACAGCUAGCAAGUCUGUUGAAGCAGAUCGCCUGCAUACAAUGUUUCUUGCCAUGGCAAAUGCAAUAGUUGUCCUCAUUAAAUUGGCAGAUCGAUUACAUAAUAUGAUGACACUAGAUGCAUUGCCGGUUGCCAAGCAGCAGAGGUUUGCAAAGGAGACUUUGGAGAUUUUUGCACCUUUGGCCAAUCGCUUAGGUAUAACUAUUUGGAAGGAACAGUUGGAAAAUUUAUGUUUUAAGCAUCUCAACCCAGUGCAGCACAUGGAACUAUCGUCAAAACUUGUGGAAUCGUAUGAUGAUGCAAUGAUUGCUUCUGCAAUAAAUAGAUUAAAGCAAGCACUUAAAGAUGAAGGCAUUUCUUAUCAUGUCAUUUCUGGGCGGCACAAGAGCUUGUAUAGCAUUUACUGCAAAAUGUUGAAGAAGAAACGAACCAUAGAUGAUAUCCAUGACAUUAAUGGGCUGCGCUUGAUUGUCGAAAAGGAGGAAGACUGUUACAAAGCCUUAGAAGUUGUUCACCAGUUAUGGUUGGAGGUACCUGGAGAACUGAAAGAUUACAUACGUGGCCCCAAGUUCAAUGGGUAUCAAUCUCUGCACACUGUGGUGAUGGGUGAAGGCAAGGUUCCCCUCGAAGUACAAGUUCGAACGAAAGAUAUGCAUUCACAAGCAGAAUUUGGAAUCGCCGCACAUUGGAGGUACAAGGAAGAUCACCGUCAGCUUUCUUCCUAUGAGCUUCAGAUGGUUGAGUGGGCUCGUUGGGUUGUCACUUGGCAGUGUGAAGCAAUGAGUAAAGAUUCUACUUCUGUUGGAUGUGUCGAUUCUAUCAAGCCAUCUUGCAAAUUCCCUUCUCAUGCUGAUAACUGUCCAUAUUCUUACAAGCCUAAUUGUGCCCAGGAUGGGCCUGUGUUUGUUAUCAUGAUUGAGAAUGAUAAGAUGUCUGUACAAGAAUUUUGUGCAAACUCCACAGUACUGGAUUUGUUGGAGAGGGCCGGGCGAGCAAGCUGUAGGUUGACAACAUAUAGGUUUCCUCUGAAGGAAGAAUUGAGGCCAAGACUGAAUCACAAGCCUGUAAGUGAUCCAAAUUGCAAGUUGAAGAUGGGAGAUGUGGUCGAGCUUACACCGGCCAUACCUGACAAGUAUCUUACUGAAUAUAGGGAAGAAAUCCAGCGAAUGUAUGAUCGCGGGCUAACUGCAUCAGAAAUGGGAACUACUACUGCAAGCAGCAUGGUUGGCACUAGUUGA